AUGAUGAACAACAACCCACCUUACAAUGUCACUCCACAAUACCAGCAUCCACAGACCCGUGUGGCAUCGCCGUUAGGCACUCCUCAGCAGCAACAUGCUUCUCCACCUCUCCAGUUCGAGGCAAGAAGACAAAAGAGACACUAUCCUCGUAUUCAAUCACCAGAUGUCCCCACUGCAAACUAUCCGCAUCAGCCGCAACCAAAUCCUCACUCUAGAACAGCUUCUCCGUUCCAACAGCAACAGCAGCAGCAGCAGCCAUUUCAGCACCAACAGCAGCCUCCAACAUUUCAACAACCUCAGCAGUUUCAGCAACCACCAAACUACCAGCAACCUGUCUAUGCUUCUCCAACGCCUCCUCCUCAGCCAAAUGGAUACACUCAGAGCUACGAUCAAGCUCUAAAUAGUAUGGCGAAUAUGAGUCUCCAUCAACAAUCUUCGAGGCAGGAUGUUGCUCUUGUUGGUCAGCCUGCCCUGAUUGAAGAUUUGCGACAUGAAACAAGUACACCCGAGAUUCCUCCCAAUUAUACAGCCACUGGCUCACCUUAUGCUCAAGUGAAUGGCUGCUUUAAUCACUCUACUGUCAAUGCAUUUCCCUUUAACAAUGCUUUAUUAAAGAAAUCCAAGCUCGCAUUAGGUCUCGUUUUACAGCCUUAUCUCAGUGAUAAAGUGCAAAAGAUGGAGGUUCCCGUUGUUCCUGAUACUGUUGUUACACGCUGCUCUCGCUGUAAGACAUACAUCAAUCCUUUUGUUCAAUUUACAGCCGGUGCUUUACAGUGGAAAUGUAAUAUGUGCGGUAUGGAGAACGAUGUGCCUCAAGCAUUUGAUUGGGAUGUUGUCAGUCAACAGCAUGCGGAUCGCUAUGCUCGACCUGAACUCAACUAUGGAUGUGUGGAUUUCAUUGCACCAGCUGAAUAUACCAUACGUCCACCCCAACCACCCGUAUACGUGUUUGUCCUAGAUACGUCUUACCAAGCAAUCCAAACAGGUAUGCUAGCUGUCGUGGCCGAUGCCAUUCUCGCCUCACUGGACAAGAUUCCCAAUGAAGAUGGCCGCACAAAGGUUGCAUUCAUUACAGCUGACAAUGCUGUUGGAUUUCAUACUUUGUCAGGCAAUGAAGCCGAGAUUUUGGUAGUGGGAGAUCUAGCAGACAUGUAUCUGCCUCGUUCUGCUUCAGAAUUGAUGGUCAAUUUGGUGGAAAGUAGAGCUGCUGUCGAAGAUCUGCUGCAGAAAAUGAAGACCAUGUAUGCAAACACACACACGCCAACGAAUUGCUUGGGUGCUGCAUUGCAAGCCGCUCGUAAACUAUUGUCUCCUACAGGUGGCAAGAUUGUCUGCUUCCAAGCCAGUAUACCAAAUGUGGGCGAUGGCGCCAUCAAGACCAAACCAGACACCGGCAACAAGUCUGUAUUGGAUCUACCUCUCAUGUCAGCUGCUGUUCCAUUUUAUAAGAACUUUGCUGCCGAAUGUACAAAAUCUCAAGUGUGUGCUGACAUGUUCAUUUUGGGUGAUGCUGUGGAUGUAGCUACAUUGAAUGUCAUUCCUCGCUUUACUGGUGGACAAACUCAUGUUUUCCCGGGAUUCAGUGCCUCUGCUAAACCUGCUGAAUGUCUGCGACUCAAGGAAGAGAUCGUUUCGCUCUUGUCUGAGCAAAUUGGCCUGGAAGCUGUCAUGCGGACACGUUGUUCUCAGGGCAUUGUAUGUCAUGCUUUCUUUGGCAAUUGUACGACUCGUAUCCCGGAUAUUAUGGCUUUACCUAAUGUACCCCGUGAUCAAUCUUACUGUAUUGAACUGGCUAUUGAGGAGGAAAUCAAGACCCAGUUUGUGCAUUUCCAAACUGCAUUGCUGUAUACUACAUGUUUCGGUGAGCGUCGUAUUCGUGUCAUGAAUUUGUGUCUUCCAGUGACCAAGAGCAUCUCGGAGAUGUUUGCAUCUGUGGAUCAAGUGGCUAUGGCAAGGCUUCUUUGCCAUCAAGCAACUGACAAGGGGGCCAAUGGUAAGCUGCGUGAUGGAAGAGAUCAUUUGUCCAAGCGAACAGUGGAUAUUUGUGGUGCUUAUGGCAAGGAAGUGCUGGGAAUCAGCUCAACAAAUGCACAAUUGAGUGUGUGUCGACCAAUGAGCCUUUUACCUCUGUUGGUUUUGGGUGUUUUGAAGUCUCCUGCCUUCCAAGACGCACCAGUUCCAAUUGAUCUGCGAUCUCAGUCUGCCAUUUUGCUUCGUACAUUGCCUACAGCAGCCUGGCUCAAUUUUGUUCAUCCCAGCUUUUAUUCAAUCCAUAACAUGCCUCAAUUGGCUGGCACCUUAGACGCCACCACAAAGCAAUGUAUCAUGCCGCCACCAAUUCGUCUAUCCAGUGAAAAGAUUGAAGCGCACGGCUGCUAUUUGCUGGAAGAUGGACAAAACAUUUACAUCUGGAUUGGAAAGCACGCUGUGCCUCAACUUUGCAGGGAUUUAUUGGGUGUGUCAUCCAUCAAUGAAGUGACAUCCGGACAGGUGCCUAUGUUGCCACAUGUGAAGUCGCCCAUUUCAGAGAGAUUAGAAAAGAUGGUGAAGCAUUUGCAAACAGAUCGUCAAGUAACAUAUUAUCCUACAAUCUAUAUCAUUAGAGAAGACGGCGAUCCCAUGCUUCGUAGUCGAUUUUUGAGCCAUCUUAUAGAGGAUCGUCAGCCUACUGGUCCAACCACAGCUGGCGCAAAUCAACAGAAUGUUAGCUCAGGUAUGAGCUACUUUCAAUGGCUGGGUUAUAUUAGAUCAAAGUGUCAGUAA